AUGCAAUUCACUACCCUUCUACCCGUCUUCCUGUCCACUCUGGGCUUAGCCAAUGCUGCUGCUCUCGCUCAGCCUCCACCAUGGCAAGUCUCUGACUGGAGCAUCGUCAGUUCUCCAGGUGGUACAGUCUACCGAUUCGAUAUCCAAGCCAGUGCAUCUGCAAACUCUCCUGGCUUCAAGACCCACUGCGACGGCAUUGUUCCCAACGCUACAGCCUGCGACAACAAGAACGUUACUGCCACAGUUUCCCAAGACGGUCACCCGCUGUGGAAUGUGGAGGUUAGCCAUGUCUGGUACCUGUUUCCCAAGAAUGAGGCCGAGCAAACCUACUGGGCUACCGGCGAGAAGAAUGUGACUCGUCUCCAAUCGAAUUUCACCAUCACCCCGGAUCACUUCUACGGCGUGGCAUAA